AUGCAGACUCCUCCUGUCCAUUCUUCUGUUGCCCCUUCCAAUGUGGAGCUCCCUGACGCCGUUCUCGGUAAGAUGGAGCCAGGAUUCCUGGUUUCGAAGGAUGGUUCUCGUAUCAACUUCAACACACAAGGUUUUCCAAAGUCGUCGGGAAAGUCCAAGGUGACUCAAACACGCAAGGCUGCUGCUAGUCGCAAAAGCACAAGGGGACUACGAAGGCUUUGCGCAUUGCCAAGGGCUGGAAGUCGCCGUCGCGUGGGUAUCGAAAACCCCGAUGCUUCAGUCAAAGAUAAGGAGAACAACCAGCCAGCAGUUCUCACGAAAAAUACUUUGAACUCGCCCAAAAGGCCCAGUGGUACUGUCUCUGAAAGGCUUUCGCUUUCUCGCGAGUUGGACACCGUGUCUUUGAAGAGCAGCCAUGAGGCUCGAACGUCCUACUCUGCCGGAUAUGAUGCAUCCUCCUGCUCGACCCAAACCACUGCAACCACCACUACCAACAAGAGUGCCUCGGGAAACCAACCGCUUUCGCGUGUUGGACUUUUGCUGUUGUCUUGUGUUGGUGCACACUCGGCGAAGAAUCUCGUGAAAAAUGAGAAGGCUGGCUUGAUUCAAGCCGUCUUUCGGGGUUAUCUCGGAAGAUGCAAAGCCCUCGAGCUCAAGCUCCGUAGGCGCCUUGAGGAGAUUGAACAAAGCAGAAGCGCCGAACUGCUGAAAAUCUCCGAGUACAAACAGAAUGCAAUCAGCAGCUAUUACGAAAAACUGUUCGUAAAGCCAGUUCGCAGCCAAGAGGAGCGCUGGCAAAAGGCGAGCGAAGAGCUGGCCUCCUUGCUUCCAAAGGUCAGGAGUGCUCGAGAGAGAAACACCAGGCUCCAGGAAGGACUGGCCCAAUCGAAGGAAGACAACAAACAACUGGUACUUGCCAACUCUUCCGCACUCAGAUCUGCAUUCAGCGAAGAAUUGAGGAUCAAUAAGAUUGAGCGUUGCGGGUUACGGCUCCGUGAAGUAGCCAACUUGUACAAAGAGAUUCUUCAAGACGGAAGGCAGCGCCUGCGAGAGUUCGAAGAGGAAUCCGGACCAGCCAGGGCCGAGUUGGGCUAA